UGAGAAAGUGGAGGGAGUGUCUCCUUUUUGUAUCUGAUGUAUGUGAGAACAAGCUGCUGCUACAUACACGGAUUAAGAUAUAUGUAGAUAUAUAUGUUAUUUUAUUGGUGUUAAAAUAAUUAGAAAUCCAAGCUGAGUUCUCUCGAGAGCUCCAACAGCAAAUAUGUUUGCUUGAGUUCUCUGGCUUCCAGUUUGUCUUGUUAGUUUUAUGUUGUUUCUAGAACACUUGUUUUAUUCUCUGUAGAGGUUUUUUAAACAGUACAGCUCUGAGCUUGCUACGUCCGGUUUGUUAAGUUAAAGGUUAGAGAAAGUUUGUGUGCAACCAUGAAGGAGGAGAUUGCUGCUGCUGUGUUUUUCGUGGCUCGGCUGGUGAAGCGAUACGGCUGUCUGGAUAAUGACAGCAGGGAGCGAUUCGCUGCUGCCCUCACCUCUGUUCUGUUUGAGAACUACAGAAACCACUGGCACCCAAAUGCACCCACUAAGGGACAGGCCUACAGGUGUCUCCGUAUGAAUCGUGUGCGGCUGCAGGACCCGGUGCUGCAACAGGCCUGUGAGCGGAGUGCGGUGAGGUACGAGGAUUUGGGCCUUCCACAGGAGCUGACGGUGUGGGUUGACCCUGGAGAGGUGUCCUGCAGGUACGGUGAACGAAGUACUCCAUUCUGCGUCUCAGUGGUGGAAAGCUGUCGGCGCAGGGAUGGGGAGUUUUCCCGCCGCAUCCAUGAGGCUGUGGAGCGGGCGAGCCUUGACAUUCAUUCAGGAAGCUCUUCAGACGAGGAGGAGGGGAGCGCCGACAACAGCAUGAGCAACAACAGCAGCAUGAAUAGCAGCAACCUAUCGACUAUCUGCCCUGGGCCAAUGACCUCCACCAACCCUGAGCCCAAAACCAUCCCAACUGUCAGCAACCCCAACAGUGUCUACCGGUUCAGUGAGUUUUCUCCUGGCGCCCCUCAGAUCUGGCUGCGGGAGAAACGGAAGGCCUUUGCUGCGGAUGCAUUCCCACCUCCUCAUCCUCAUCAUCCUCCUCCUCCUCAUCAUCCUCCUCCAGUUGGAGGCCCAACUUCCCAGUUCUCCAGCCAGAAAGGCUUUAAGCCCUAUCGAGUCACAUUCACCUUUAGUGGACCUCGUGUUGACAAGUACCACUGGGUCAGCAAGUCGCGAUAAUGGAGCAAGCCCAACUUUCGACCUAGAACCAAAAUCUGGUUACUGCUUGGGGCGGGAGCAGAAAGGGCAGCCAUGAUGUCUGCUCAAAGCACCCUUAACCCUGUUUUUGUAGGGGUAAAAAAAAGUUUCAGGACAGUUUAAGUAUCUUUAAAGGAUAUGUAUAUUUUUUUGUAUGUGGUUUAUGAUUUAAAGUAAUGCUGUUUAAGCAUGUUUUUAAACUUUGAAAAGUAAGUAUUUUAAAUGUUUCCUUCUAAAUGUGUUUUUAAACUAAAAUAAAGUAACAUUAAACUGUCAUUGAAAAGAAAUAAAGCGUCCAUCUCAGCUCUA